AUGACAUCCUGCCCGAGGUUCAGUCGAAAGGUCGGGGAGUGCGAGUCUAUUAUCGCUUACGAGUUUAAUUCCAAGUCUCUCUGCGCCCAAGCACUGAACACAGCCGCCGACUCCAUGUCUAUCUGCGUUAUGGACGGUUCUUUCAAGAGGAUCCCAAAGAAUGAUCGACUUGCUGUUUACGGCGACGCCGCAGCUGCAGCCUACUUGUGCAGCCUCUGGAUCAAGGGAGGACUGCCAAAGUAUUGCUGGACCACACUCCGUCGCGACCUCAUCAGCAAUGAAAAAUUGACUAGAGUUGGUAGGGAGGAAGGUCUCCACAAGUGCAUCAACAUGAAUGGAGGAACUACUAGGGUCAGUUCUGGGAUGGUCGCAACAGCUGUGGAGGCUGUUCUCGGGGCUGUCGAAAUUGACGGCGGCCGCGAUGCUCUCGCUCGAGUUAUGAAGCAUCUUGGUCUCACGGACCAUGCUCUCCUCGGAUCGGUAAAGUUCUUUCCUCUUGACAACCUAACUCACUUGAUCUAUAUAGGUGCCUUCGCAGCUACGAUGGAAUUCCCCCGUGACAUCGACCUGUGA